UCUUCACCUCUUCUCCAAAUCGAUAUCACUUCUACAAUCAUCAUCGCCUCUUCUCCAAUCGAUACCCUAUACGAUGAACAAAUCGAUACCUUAACCCUAGAGAUCUCCUUCUGUUUUUAAAACCCAUUUCUAUUAAAUUUGAAUAAAUCACCGAUUAAUUUAACAAAAAAACUCAUGUUUUUUUAAUGCUUUUAAAACUGGGCAAGUGUUGGGAAGCCUUUUGCCCAAAUCCCCCUCGCUACGACGAGAUCCAUACUCUCUGCCUCACUCGUCACCGGUUCGCCUCCUCGAUCUGCCACCAUCCAACGCCACCACCGUACCUUCCAACUUCUCGCAGCCGGCGUUCAGAGCUAAAUGCGAUUUUCCCCUCUCCUGGCACGGUGAUUUAAGCCCCAUCUUCUUCCAUAUCUGAAAACAUGGAGAAAUCUUGUUCUCUACUAGUUCAUUUUGACAAAGGAACACCUGCACUUGCCAAUGAAAUUAAGGAGGCUCUUGAAGGGAAUGAUGAUAUUGCAAAGAUAGACGCCAUGAAAAAAGCUGUCAUGCUUUUGCUGAAUGGGGAAACACUGCCACAACUUUUUAUCACAAUUGUUCGGUAUGUUCUUCCUUCAGAGGAUCACACUGUUCAGAAAUUACUGCUUCUUUAUCUUGAAAUCAUCGACAAGACGGACUCCAGGGGAAAGGUCUUACCUGAAAUGAUUUUAAUCUGCCAAAACUUGAGAAACAAUCUCCAGCACCCUAAUGAGUACAUUCGUGGUGUGACCUUGAGGUUUCUUUGUCGGAUCAAUGAAGCAGAGAUAAUUGAGCCCCUGAUUCCCUCUAUAUUGGCCAAUCUGGAGCAUCGGCAUCCAUUUGUAAGGCGGAAUGCGAUACUUGCUGUGAUGGCCAUUUACAAGCUUCCACAAGGGGAGCAUCUUUUGGUUGAUGCACCAGAAAUGAUUGAAAAGGUACUCUCAACAGAAGCAGAUCAAUCGGCAAAGAGAAAUGCAUUUCUUAUGCUUUUCACAUGUGCACAAGACCAUGCAGUUAAUUACCUUUUGACCCAUGUGGAUAAAGUGUCUGAAUGGGGAGAAUUGCUACAGAUGGUUGUGUUGGACUUGAUCCGCAAAGUGUGUAGAGCGAAGAGAGGAGAGAAAGGGAAGUACAUAAAGAUCAUCAUAUCUCUGUUGAAUGUUCCUUCCGCUGCAGUUAUAUUUGAAUGUGCUGGAACAUUAGUGUCGUUGUCAUCUGCUCCUACAGCCAUUAGGGCUGCGGCCAAUACCUAUUGCCAGCUCCUCCUCACUCAAAGUGACAACAACGUGAAACUUAUUGUGCUUGAUCGUUUGGAUGAACUCAAAUCUUCCCAUAGGGAGAUUAUGGUUGAUAUGAUAAUGGAUGUGCUCAGGGCACUCUCUAGCCCGAAUCUUGAUAUCCGGAGGAAAACACUUGAUAUUGUACUUGAUCUGAUCACUCCUCGAAACAUCAAUGAGGUUGUUCUUACUUUGAAAAAGGAAGUGGUAAAAACUCAAAGUGGGGAGUUGGAAAAAGAUGGGGAGUACCGUCAAAUGCUCAUCCAAGCCAUUCAUUCUUGUGCUGUUAAGUUCCCUGAAGUUGCAGGCACUGUUGUACAUAUGUUAAUGGAUUUCUUGGGCGACAGUAAUGUUGCCUCAGCAAUGGAUGUAAUUGUUUUUGUGAGAGAAAUAAUUGAAACGAACCCAAAGUUGAGGGUUUCUAUUGUAACAAGAUUAUUAGAUACAUUUUACCAGAUACGAUCAGCAAGAGUUUGUUCUUGUGCUCUUUGGAUCAUCAGUGAGUACUGCCUUUCUCUUUCCGAAGUGGAGAGUGGAAUUACCACCAUAAAGCAGUGCCUUGGAAACCUGCCGUUUUACUUGGCUUCAGAAGAGGGGGACACUAAUGAUUCUUCAAAGAGGUCUCAGCAAGUAAAUUCAAUAACUGUUUCUUCUAAGAGGCCUGCUAUUCUUGCUGAUGGCACUUACGCUACUCAGAGUGCAGCUUCUGAAACUGCCUUUUCCCCACCUACCGUGGUCCAGGGAACAUCGACUUCAGGAAAUUUGAGAUCUCUUCUUCUAACUGGUGAUUUCUUCCUAGGUGCAGUUGUGGCUUGUACGUUGACAAAACUUGUCUUGCGUUUGACAGAGGUUCAAGCAUCAAAAAUUGAAGUCCACAGAAUGUCAACUCAAGUGUUGCUAAUCAUCGUCUCAAUGUUGCAACUUGGGCAAUCUUCAUAUCUUCCACACCCGAUUGAUAAUGACUCUUAUGAUAGAAUUGUUCUUUGCUUAAGAUUACUAUGUAACCCAGAUGCACAGAUCAGGAAAAUAUGGCUGCAGUCUUGCCGUGAAAGUUUUGUCCAAAUGCUUGUGGAGAAACAGCUACAGGAAACAGAGGAAAUAAAAGCCAAGGCUCAGGUUUCACAUGCACAACCUGAUGAUCUCAUUGACUUCUAUCAUUUGAAGAGCAGGAAGGGUAUGAGCCAGCUGGAGUUAGAGGAUGAGGUCCAAGACGACCUAAAACGUGCUACUGGGGAAUUUAUCAAAGAGGGAGCUGCUGCAAAUAAGCUGAACCGUAUUCUUCAACUAACUGGAUUUAGCGACCCAGUGUAUGCUGAGGCAUAUGUCACUGUCCAUCACUACGAUAUUGUCCUGGAUGUAACAGUUAUCAACCGAACGAAGGAGACUCUCCAGAAUCUGUGUUUGGAGUUAGCAACAAUGGGUGAUCUUAAACUUGUUGAGCGACCACAAAACUAUACUCUUGCUCCUGAAUCAAGCAAGCAGAUAAAAGCCAACAUUAAGGUGUCCUCAACCGAGACUGGAGUCAUAUUUGGGAACAUUGUUUACGAGACUUCAAAUGUGCUUGAACGUAAUGUCGUCGUCCUAAAUGAUAUUCAUAUCGACAUUAUGGAUUACAUCUCCCCAGCAGUCUGCAGCGAUGCAGCUUUCAGAAGUAUGUGGGCUGAAUUCGAGUGGGAAAACAAGGUUGCUGUGAACACUAUAAUUCAGGACGAGAAAGAAUUCCUUGAUCAUAUCAUCAAAUCAACCAACAUGAAGUGCCUCACUCCACCGUCUGCAUUGGAGGGUUAUUGUGGGUUUCUGGCUGCUAAUUUGUAUGCGAAGAGUGUGUUUGGAGAGGAUGCAUUGGUUAACUUGAGCGUGGAGAAGCAGGCAGAUGGGAAGCUAAGUGGAUAUAUUCGAAUUAGGAGCAAAACCCAAGGGAUAGCUCUAAGCUUGGGGGACAAAAUAACUCUCAAGCAGAAGGGAGCUGCCUGAUCAUCUUUCCAAAAUUGAGGUUAAAGGGAAGGGCAGCAGGAGAUUUCCUUACAGAGCAACAAAGUAAUAUGAUAGUUGGGAUUUGGAGUUUUAUGUAGAUGAAGAUGAGAUUGGAUUCUGACGGCUUACUUACCAAAACCAAACCAAACCAUAUUUCUGUUUUCAUUAUAUAUCUAUUGUUAAUGUCUAGUUAUGUGACACUUAAUAAUUCAUUUGCAUUACGUUUAUUAAAUUGUAUUUUGAUUAAGAACAUCUUCCUUCAACAAAAUGGAGAAAUUAGAUUUGCUGAAUGUUUACCC